UUUACAAAAGGUCAAUUUUGAGAACAAAGAAAUCAACAAAAAUGCACUUGUGGAAGUUCAAUGUUGCACAUGUCAAAUAGUAGAACAUUUAGCAGAUAAGCAGAAUCACUUUUUCAUAAUAGUAGUUAUUUUAUUGAUGACGUUUACCGGUUAUUGGAUUUGGAACAUUUCUACAGUUGUUUUCCGUAUACCAGACAUUCUGUAAACGAAAAUUUUAAGUCUCUGGAAUGGGUUUAUUAAUUAGAUUCGUAAAUCGAACUGCUUACCUCAGAUAUGGUAAUUUAAACUAUUUUAAAAGAACUCUCGGAAAUUUUAGAAGUAUUGGAAGUUCAGUUAAAGAUGAUACUGCCAAAGAAUCAUCCCCAGCUCCAAAGCCUGAUUUACCUGAUUACAACACGCCUAUUGAUGUAGAAUCUCACAAGUUGACAAGACCAAAGUCAAGACCACGAACAGUUGCUCCCUCUGUCUCUGGAAAAUGGAUUGGUCUUGAUGCUCUGGCAGAAAGGACAAAAGGGUCAUUGAUUCCGGACACGUUAAAAGAAAUGGAAAAUGACCCUGACUUCAAACUUACAGCUGAGAAACUGAAAAAAAUAGGCCAAAAACAAAUGACAAAAGAUGAGAGAAAGAAAAGACAAAGAGCUCUUGAUGACCUUGGUGUUCCAAACUUUGUUCAGUUCUGGAAACAAAAGGCCGAAGAAAAGACAGGAGUUCGACCGUCGACCCUAACAAGAAAGCAUUGUGAACAAAUGCAAAUCAACAUAGGCCUAUAUUGUAACCAGGCUUGCAAUCACUGCCAUGUUGAAUCAUCACCAAAACGGAAAGAAAUGAUGGACCAUAAAACUGCUGUCAAAUGUAUGGAGAUCUUGGAAAACAGUCCGUCUGUAACAAUACUGGAUUUAACAGGUGGCGCCCCGGAGCUAAAUGCAGAAUUCAGAUAUCUUGCAGCGAGAGGAAAAGAACUCGGUCGAGACGUAAUUGUGAGAAGUAAUUUAACCUCUUUGUUAGAACCAGGUCAAGAAGAUACUGCACAGUUCUUUGCAGACAAUAAACUACAUGUUGCAGCAUCACUGCCUUGUUACAGUGCUAAAAAUGUCAACAUGCAACGUGGUAAAGGAGUAUUUGACAAGAGCAUUCAUGCUUUACUGGUCCUCAAUUCUUUGGGUUAUGGUAGAGAGGAGGAUUUACAGCUAGAUCUGGUUUACAAUCCAUUGGGUGGCUUUUUACCACCGCCACAGGUCCCGUUAGCAGAGAAAUACAAAGAAGAACUGUUGGAACAUUUUGGUAUAGAAUUCAAUCAGCUUUACACCAUGACAAAUAUGCCAAUAAAACGUUUUGUUGAUUUUCUUUACCGAAGGAACGAGCUGAAAGACUAUAUGGAGUUACUUGUACGAAAUUAUAAUCUGGACACAAUAGAUGGUUUAAUGUGUAGAAAUCUGAUGAAUAUCAACUGGAAUGGUCAGAUCUACGAUUGCGACUUCAAUCAACAACUUGACUUACAGUGUCGAGGAGAAUCACAAAAAAGACUGACUGUUUGGGACAUCAGUUCAUUAGAUGAAAUGGCAGAUGUAAAGAUUCGUACAGAUAACCACUGUUUUGGAUGUACAGCGGGAAUGGGGUCCAGUUGACAAGGGGUAACUGUCUAAGACCAGAACCGUUGAUGGAUCUGUUGACUUAGGCAGUUGAUUGAUUUUCAUUGAGUUUAUUCAUCUUAAUGACACGAAAUUGAUAUUUUAAGCCAUUAAUGAGGUUUUAUUCCAAUUUGUUGGUUGGACAGUCACAACAACUGCUAUAUCAUUCAGUAUUUGUAACUGUUAUAAUCAAUUAAGUAUACCAAAUCAUCGAUUAUGAGUAAGAAAAUUCAACCAAAUAAUCACACUGUUGUAAGUGUGAUGCCAUAAGGACAUUAUUUGGCCUACUUUUUUAAGUCCGAUCAAAACCACAAAACCAACUUUUGGAAGCUUGAGCACAUUAAAACAUUGAAACAGUCCAACUGCUGCAUGACAUUUCAAAUAAAUUUGAACAAAUUGCAUGAUACUAUUAUUGAUCUUUGAAUAACUUAUUUUUUGUUUAGCAAUAUCAAGAAUAGACUAUGGACUAAAUGGGACGAAAAGGAUGAUAAGAAACACAUUGACUUCAUUUAAAGGUGAAAAUUAAAAAAUGUAUUCCAAUUUGUAAAUUUAUCAGGCCAAGUAAGGUCCUUCAGGCAUCCACUCCGUAAUAGACUAUGUCAUAAAUAAAAAAACAAGAUGCAAAGAUAUAAAAUUGUGAAUUUGGCAAACUUAGAAAAUAAUAUCUGAUAGAUUAAUGUCAUUAACCUCUGAUUUAUGAUCAUAAAGUGUAAUGUAAUGAAUAUGUGUAUCUAUUUAUGAAGUUGCCUAGUUUAAACCAUAUUUGGUAACUAGAUAACGGAAGCUUAAAAGAUACAUGUACUAUUCAUUAUAACAGAAGUGCUUUGUUUUAUAAAGUGCUUUAUUAUGUAUGGUGCUUUUUGUGAAAGGUUCUUUAUUGUGUAUUCUGCUUUAUUUAUGACCUGUAUAAUAGUGUCGAAUCAUAUGAUCACUAUAUGUCGUCCUAUGUCAACAUUGAACUAUUUUUAUUUUUUACCUCCUAAACUUCCUAACAGAAAACAUUCAUUUGUACAAGGAGUGAUUAUUUGACCUCUUAUAUUUGGGGUAACAUCGAUAAUUUCUGGAGGUUUAGAAAUCCAAACAAGUUUUUCAGUUUGGUUCAGACGAGGCACAUAUUCACUAACAUAGAAUUUCUCUCCUUCACUACUGAAUAGAAAUAAUCAAAAACUUAAAAUUAAACCUUUAUAAUCUGUUAAAGUGCACCCCUUGUUUCUUUUUUCAAAUUUUUUUUUUCAGUAUUUCCUUAGAUCUAAUUUGAGAGUUUUGAAGUGCUUCGAGUUUGGUGAUCUUGUCACAUUUUCUAUUCUAUAAUUCCUGCUUUACCACAAAACAGAAAUAAAACAAACAAUCUACAACACGAAAUAAAGUUGUGCUUGAAGUUCUCUUGUUCCGUCUAAAUCAAAUAUGAUUUCUAAUGUAUCCAAUAGUCAAAGGGAGUUCCAACAUGGUUGACUUUGGUACAAACAUCUUUGUUCCAAAAUAACUACACUACUGAACAAGAAUGAUCAUAAAUUCCCCAACGGAUUGAAUCAUUUAUUUCCCUUAAAAAAAUAUGUUAUUAUGGAAAACGACAACAAGUCUUCCAUGGAAUACUUUAUUGUCUUACUUUUUAUUUGCAGCUAGUAAUAUUUAUAAUCAAAUUACAUAUAUAACUGUUUAUUAGUAAUUAAAUACACAUUUGAUAGGCUUUCUCAUAAUCAUUGUGUUUUGAAAAUAGUGUUAGUUACUUAUAUUAAUUUCUAGUCAAGUCAUGGUAAUCUUAUAAAAAAAUUAUAGUUCAUGUAUUGGUAUCAUAAUUUCCAUUUCCUAAUAUUUGUGUGUCUGUACUUUAUAAAGACUUUCUUUAUUGGAUUACAAAGUUAUGAGUUAUGAUAUGUCUGCUUUUGCGAUAAUUAUCCACAUCUUGUAGAUUGAUUAUAUUAUUACAUUGGUUGCAAUGAAUUACAUUGAUUUCCCAGUGAAAUAAAAACCGAUAAUUUCACAUGUGAAAUAAACGUGGUUAUUUCACUCCUCUGACGUCAUACAACAAUAGGCGUUGUCAAGACGUCGAUAACGUCGGAUCAAAACAAAUUGUGAAUGCGUAGAAAAAGAUAUAGUUCCUUACGUUUUCUACUUUAAUUUCAUAAAAAAGCCAUUUGCCCAAUGUAAUAAAAAGAAUAACUAAUCAAAGAAUUCAAAUAUCGAAAAAAUAUUCAACUCGUGACCGAACAACACUGAUAAUUAACUCAUGCGCUACGCGCAUUCGUUAAUUAAUGUGUUGUUCGGUCACUCGUUGAAUAUUUUUCUCUAUUUGAAUUCUUCGAUUAGUUAUUCUAUAAGUAAUGUUUUCAAUGUGUAUAUUCACGUCCCUGAUAAAUUCACAGCAAUAAAGCUUAAUCUUAAUGUU